AUGCUGUUUCUCGCCUCCUUUCUCGCCAGCCUGGCGGCAGCCGUUGAGCUCAAGUCCACUGUGGCACCACUGUUCAAGCCAGCGGGCGACGUUAUCCCGGGUCGGUACAUUGUCAAACUCAAGUCUGAUGUUUCCUUGUUGUCUGUUGGCAAAGGUAUCUUGCAGCAUCUCUCGGCCCCUAGCCAUGUUUACGGUAGUGUCUUCUACGGCUUUGCCGCCAGGCUUGACGAAGCACAGCUGGAGUUUGUGCGGCUGAGCCCGAGUGUAGAGUUUGUUGAACACGAUAUGAUCAUCAGACCGUCUAGUUACAUAGACCAGUUGAAUGCCGGUUGGAACCUGGGCCGGAUUUCCCACCGAAAGCUAGGGAACACGACGUAUGCCUACGACAGCUCUGCUGGGGCCGGAACCUGCUGCUAUGUCGUCGACACGGGCAUUGCAGUCGAUCACGCUGAGUUUGGUGGCCGAGCCGAGCAGCUCGUUUCGUUUGUCGGCCAGAAUACCGACGGGAAUGGGCACGGCACGCAUAUUUCCGGCGUCAUCGGAGGUGCAACGCACGGCGUGGCCAAGCGCACAAGGCUAUACGGCGUCAAGGUACUCGACGACAAUGGUAGCGGCACUCUGGCCAACGUGAUUGCAGGCAUGGACUUUGUCGCGCGGGACUCUAAGACGCGAGGUUGUCCACGGGGCGCCAUGGCGAAUCUGAGCAUCGGCGGGUCCUUCUCCAAGGCGGUCAACGCGGCGGCGGCGGCGCUGGUAAAGGCAGGCGUCUUUGUGUCGGCGUCAGCGGGUGGGAGCAACGGCGAUGCCGGAAAGACAUCACCGGCAUCGGAGCCGGCAGUGUGCACGGUGGCGGCUAGCACGGAACGCGACGCCCGAGCGCCGUUCUCCGACUACGGCUCGGUGAUUGAUAUUUUCGCCCCAGGGACUAACAUCAAGUCUGCCUGGCUGGGCGGCACUACACAAACGCUGUCGGGCACGGCCAUGGCGGCGGCUCACAUUACGGGACUCGCAGCCUAUGUCGCGGCAUUGGAAGGAUUUCCGGGCGCGGAAGAGUUGUGCAAGCGCAUCCAAGCGCUCGCGACCAAGGAUGUCUUGACGAAUAUCCCAAAUGCCCCAGCUGGCACGCCGAACCUGCUGGCGUUUAACGGGAACCCAUGGGGUUGA